AUGAUAGAGAAAGACGAAUCGGGAACCUCACCAACGAUCAAGCCGGUGCUUUCUUUCACACAAGAAGACUUGGAGGACAAACACAAGCAUGUUUUAACUACCAUUGCGUCUCCAGGUGGAAAAGAAAUUGAAAUCACUAAUAAUGUCGAUGUGGCCAUGAGGUUUGCCAUGGAGCACAAGGGUGAAGCCGAGCGGUUAGAUCCUGCCACUGACCAGAAGAUAUUGCGCAAAAUAGAUUUGUACUUGCUUCCUGUAAUGUGUUUACUAUACUGUUUUCAGUUCAUGGAUAAGUUGAGCACCAGUUAUAGUGCAAUCUUGGGAUUAAGAACCGAGUUGGGCAUGGUGGGCGACAUGUACAGCUGGACUUCAACAUGUUUCUACCUUGGGUACUUGGCAUUUGAGUUCCCUGCCUCGUUACUACUCCAAAGAUUCCCAGUUACCAAAACUGUGAGUGUAUUCAUUAUCCUAUGGGGGUUGAUUCUUGCAUUGUGCUCGGUCCCAAAGUAUGCGGGGUUUGUGGCACUAAGGACCAUAUUGGGUAUGUUGGAGCUGUCAGUCACCCCUGCAUUUACAAUCAUUACGUCUCAGUGGUACAAGAAGGAUGAACAGUUUUUGAGAACCACCUGGUGGUUCGCGUCAAACGGGAUUGGUGGUGACCUCGGUAGUUUGGUUGCCUAUGGGUUGUACAAACAUCAAGACUCAUAUUCACUACCAGCUUGGAAGUUGGUGUUUGUUGUUACCGGCGUUUUGACAAUAUUUUUGGGGUUUGUAAUUAUGCUUCAUAUCCCCGAUACGCCAACUGGAGCAUGGUUUCUCAAAGAAGAGGAGAAAGUUUUAGUGGUUGAAAGAAUUAGGGGCAAUCAACAAGGGUUUGGUAAUCCAAGGUUCAAGAAGGAGCAAUUCAUUGAGGCAUUGACUGAUCAUCGUACGUGGUUGUUUUUUCUUUUCUCCAUAGCUCACAAUAUUCCCAAUGGAGGGGUUACGACAUUCGGAACAGUCUUGAUGAACGAACAGUUCGGUUACGAUGCUGCUCAGUCGCUUUUGAUGCAAUUGCCAUCGGGUGCAAUAGAAAUUGUAGGAUGUGUUUUGUUUGCAUGGUUGCUGAAAUUUAUCAAAUCGCGUAUGUUGAUGUCAAUUUUCAUUGCGAUGAUUACAGUAAUGGCGGAAUGUUUAUUGGCGUUUGCUCCUACAAACAAGGGGAAACUUGCAGGUCUUUAUUUGUGGUACCUCAGCCCCCUUUGCUACAUUUGUAUUCAGUCCCAAGUGUCUUCCUCGGUGGCAGGUCACACAAAGAAAAUCACGGUAAAUGCCAUAUUCUUGAUAGGGUAUUGUGUUGGAAACUUGGUUGGCCCACAAACAUUCAUAGACAAUCAAGCACCUACAUAUUCCGGUGCCAAAAUUGCAAUCGUUGUGUGUGGAAGUGUCACUUUGGGAAGCUUGGUGGCGAUUUACAUCUCAUACUAUGUGGAUAACAAGAGACGCGAUGCCUUGCCCCCAGUUGAUAUGAGUAAGAUUGAGAAUUAUGAGUUUGCUGAUUUGACCGAUAAACAGAAUCCAAACUUUAGGUACGCACUUUGA